AUGUCGAUCGAGUUGGACGCUGCCGCCGCGGUGGCUCCGCCCGAGGGUCCCCCGUAUGCGACAGACAUCGGAGGGAGUGCCCCAGCAAUGAAUGCGAUUCUGCGUCAUCCCUAUGCGCAUGGCGAUAUGGCGCCACACGACCCUGCGACAUCACAGGCCUUUUUGCAGAACGAAUGCCGCGUAUUGAUUGUAGGCGCAGGUGGCCUUGGCUGUGAAAUCCUUGUGAAUAUGGCGCUCAUGGGGUUCCGUGACUUGCAUAUCAUCGAUAUGGAUACGAUCGACGUGUCGAAUCUCAACCGCCAAUUCCUGUUCCGCGAGAAAGAUAUUGGGCAGCCUAAAGCCACAACUGCCGCAUCGUUUGUUAUGCAACGUGCCGCCGGCGUCAAGAUCACGCCGCAUGUCUGUCGUAUUCAAGCGAAAGAGCUGGAUUUCUACAAACAAUUCCACAUGAUUCUCUGUGGCUUGGAUUCCGUCGAAGCACGCCGUUGGAUGAAUGCGACAUUGGUCCAUAUGGUAGAUGAGGCGGAUCCACGCUCGCUCAUCCCCCUCAUUGAUGGCGGUACUGAAGGUCUGCGUGGCCAGGCCCGCGUGAUCUUGCCGACCAUCACCAGCUGCUACGAAUGCAGCUUGGAUAUGCUGCCGAAAAGGCAAACGUACCCGAUAUGCACGAUUGCCAACACGCCACGUCUGCCAGAGCACUGUAUUGAGUGGGCUAGCAUCCUUGAAUGGCCUCGUACGAGGCCAGGCGAGAAAUUAGACAAGGACGAUCCACAGCACAUUCAGUGGGUCAUGGAGCAUGCGAUCGAGCGGGCAAAGCAGCACGGCAUCACAGGGAUUACGUGGUCUCUCACGCAGGGUGUUGUCAAAAAUAUCAUUCCAGCAAUAGCAAGUACAAAUGCCAUCAUCGCAGCGGCAUGCACCCAGGAAGCCUUCAAAAUCGCUACGUCGACGGCGCCGUACCUGAACAACUACAUGAUGUACGCGGGCAACGACGGCAUGUAUACAUAUACCUUUGAGUACGCCAAACGCGUAGAUUGCCCCGUGUGUGGCGGAGAAUCACGUACCAUCACGCUGGCGUCCACGGAUACACUGGCACACUUGGUGGAUCUCUUGCGUGACUUGCCAGAUAUCCAAUGCAAACGGCCUACCAUCUCGAGCGAGAAGGGGCCUCUGUACUAUGCCGCCCCGCCCGCGCUGGAGGAAGCCACACGCCCCAACCUGGACAAGACCUUGGCCGAGUUGCACUUGCGAGCCGACGACGUAGUGUCCGUGGCGGACCCGGCGUGGCCCUUUGUCCUUUCCGUGGUGUUGGACCUGCUAACACCUCCACAUUGA